AUGUCAGAUCGACCAGGACCGAAUGCAGAAAAGCGAAAGGCUGGGGGACCAUCAUCGCAGAAACAUAAAUUUUACAAAUUUCAAGGUCAGGCUCGAGGUGGGAGGGGAGGUCGAGGAAGAGGUGGUGGGGGAAGGGGUCGAGGGGGUGGAGGAGGAGAUAGAAGUGACAGAGGCGAUAGAUCACCAAGAGCAGAUGGUCAACUGAAACUGAAUCCAUUAGGGAAAUAUAGGAUAAAACCCAUUCCUGAGAUCCUCUCCGAGCCUGGAAUAUGUGUCACAACUGUACUGAAUAAGGAAAGGUCGGCAGAAGCUGAACUAAUAGAAUACUUAGAAAGAGUAGCAGACGAGCUAUAUCCGGAAACAGCGGAAGAUGAUCUCGGAGCAGAUGAAGACGAAGAAUUGGACUUCGAGGCCGCAUUGAAGAAAGAUUUAGCAUCAAUGGAUCAAAGCAAUAAAUCGAAGCGAUUUCAACUUUGCUCUCAUGAUAUGAUAUGUGUUAUAUAUAUUAAUGUCUUACCCCCGCUCUCACCGCAUAGAUUAGUAAGACAUAUAUUGGAACAAGCUGAAUCUUCUGCCAGAUCGCAUCUGAAAUGGUGUAAGCGUAUCAUACCAAUUAUUGGCACCUCGGGAGCGACUAUCAAACAACUAUCAGAAAUGACAGCUACAGUAGUCAAAGAUCAGUUUCACACUGAGGAUGAUAGAGCUUUGAAGUUUGCGAUAGAUACCAAUACUCGUCAAUCCGAUAGACUAGAUCGAAUGGAUAUGAUUCAUACUGUGGCUGGAGAAAUCACCAAAUUGGAUAAAGGUCAUAGCGUCGAUUUGAAAAAUCCAGAUAAGACCGUAUUACUGGAACUGUACAAGAACACAAUAGGGUUGACGGUAGUAGAAGAUUAUGAGAGGUUUAAGAAGUACAACCCAGGGGCUGUAGCUUCCUCUGCUGCUCAAUCACAAUCGAGGAUUGCGUUUGCCCGAGAUGGUCCAGAAUCAACAGAUCCGCCUGCUACAGAAUCUAAAGAGGCUUCAAACGAAAGUACUAAAACGCCGAAGCACGUAUAUAGACAACGGCGUGCUGAGGCUAUUUCAAGUUUCAAUGAGAAAUCUCAUUCGCUUGUUGCAUCAGACGAGAUUGUAGGUCAAGAUCAAUUAGAAGCUGAUGCUGAAGUAGGGGAGGUUGUAGAAAAUCCAUCGGGGUUGCUGGGAGAGGAUUGGGAAGAACGAAUAGUUGAUGGGAAAGUAGAGCGUGCGAGGAAAGAUGGCCAAUAA